AUGGGCGUAAUACAUCAGCUGUCUAGUAGUCUGUGUGCUUCAAAGUUGGCACUUUCGCUAUUUGUGCUCAGUCUGUUUUUCCAGCUCAUAGUCUUGCUGAUCCAUGUUUUCCCUCAAAGAUCAGUAUCGUCUGAUUUUACUGAGAUUCCCUUCAUCUACUUCUCGCGUUCCCGUAUCAAUUCUUCGGCAAUCUCCAGCCUGCUCGAGCCAUCGCCUGCUUUCACUUACUUUCUGUCAUCCGGUCAGUCUAACCAAUCUCUGAAGCCUAAUUCGCCACCUGCUAAGGUGCAUGCUCGUUUGUUUGUGGAUCCAAUAGAAUCCACCGGUUCAGAAGAGUUGAAGUUCCCUUUGGACAUUGACAUGCCCGAAGUAGUCCGACGUGGGCUUCACAACCUACCCGUCAGUCACAAACCAAUCAAUGAUCCCCAAUUCAAAGUGCUGAUUUCUAACAAGAACAAAUGCAUGGAUGUUGAAACUAUGUACGGAGGCCCUGUUGAAUUACUAAUUCUCAUAAAAUCGGCCCCUGAUCAUUUUAUUCAGCGUGAUACAAUUCGGCUCACGUGGGGGAAGGAACAUUGUUGGGGAGGACGUCGAGUUGUCCGACUCUUUCUGCUUGGAACCGUGUCCACGACAAAUCGGACUCUAUCAGGUCGCCUCACAACUGAAGCUGCAUUUUACAGUGACAUAAUUCAACAGGAUUUUUAUGACCACUACUACAAUAACACAUACAAAAUUAUGUUUGGUAUUGACUGGGCGGUUCAAUUUUGUUCCAACGCAUCUUUAUUGAUGUUCGUGGAUGAUGACUUUUUUGUCUAUCCGCAAAACGUGGUCGCCUACAUGGAGGGACUGAGUGAGGGACUUCUCCAACGAUUAAUCGCUGGCUACGUAUGGCGCAACGCGAGACCUUUUCGAGCCUCUAAAUCCAAAUCCAAAUGGUGGAUUUCACGAACAGAAUACCCCAAUGAGGAAUAUCCUGUGUACGUCGCUGCUGGAAAUUUCUUCCUCUCCAUGCAAAUGGCUAGGGAGUUCCAUAUCGCCGCACGCUACACUCGUUACCUUCGAUUUGAUGAUGUGUUCUUGGGUAUUUUGUUAAGGAAGCUUCUCCGAGUCCCAAUACAUUUGUCUCAUAUCUACGCAUAUGUUCCAGUCAAUGUAUCUUCCAAGGUACAACUAAAAAACAUGUUAUCUAGUCACCAAUAUGCCAGACCGUCUGACGUGUUUGCGCAAUGGGAUCGGUUAAAAUGUGAUACGUUUUGCGUAUGA